CGGAUUGUAGACAUUCGGAUGAUCGACGGCGGCAAGAAAACGAAUUAAGCCAUGCUUCGGCGAGUCCUUGCUAAACGGAGCAUUGCCGCGGACUUCGAUAAAUACAAUCCAACUAAACUCCAGGAGAUUGUCGAGACGCAUUCUUUCACAAUCUCGAAGAGUCGCAAAGGGUCAAUCCGGGAAUUUGCGAGGAAGCGUUUUCCAGAAAGCUGUGAAGAAACGGCGCGUGACGCAGUGCUUAACAGGCUUAAGUUUCUUGCUUUGGAGAGCAUGACGAUUACGUACGGAGAGAUAGCGGUAUGUCUCGAUUUACUCGACCCUGCAUUAGAAACGCUUGCCUCACGCAUAUACCCCUGGAUGGAGAAUGCCCAAAGAUACUACGACGCCCAAGGCCCGCGCUAUUCAGUCACUGCAAUGAUACGUCCUUUGGCAAGAGCUGCCUCCAUGCCAGCAGGAGCGCCACCUCGGAAGAGACAAAGAGCAUUGCCAGACACAACCGAGCGGCAGAUAACGCCCGAUGCGGAAGCUGUGGGAUGGACUCCCGCCACGACGGAGAACGCCACAAGCGUACGACAGAACGGAGAUGUCCACAUCAGCCUUGGGUUGGAGAUGUUUGCUCGGGUGGUACAGCGGAAUAUGAAGACGCAGAAGUUCUUAGUAGAUAAACAUUAG